AAUUUAAUUUUAAAAUUUAAUUAUUAAAAAUGCAGCGAUUUAAAUUAUUGGUCAAUCCACUUUACAAUAAUAUUAUCUCAGCAAAUAAACGCGUUGUGCUAAGACAGUUUUCCAGUGAAAUUAAGGAUGGAAGUGAUAAAAUUGAUCAGCCGGAGGAAAUUAAAUUAAACAGUGAAAAAAAUGAUGAAAGUAAAUUGAGUGGGUUUGCAAAAGCUUUUGACAAAUUUAAUCAACCGGAGCCGGUGAAAGUUGUGAAGGAGAAAACUUUUGCAUCGUUACUUCGGAAUUCUAAAUUAAUAGACUUAGGAGAUCCAGAAGGAAAAAUUGUAACCGGUAAAAUAUUUCACGUUGUCGAGAAUGACUUGUACAUUGAUUUUGGAUGGAAAUUUCAUUGCGUAUGUCCACGACCAUUUAAAAAUGGACACGAAUACAUCAGAGGAGCAACAGUAAGAUUGAAAGUAAAAGAAUUAGAAUUAUCAACAAAAUUCCUGGGUGCUGCUAAAGAUUUAACAAUAUUAGAAGCUGACUGUGUGUUACUUGGGUUAAUAAAUUCUCCAUUGAGAAAUAUUAACAAAGUCCAUAAAUAAAAAUUGUAUAAUAAGUAAAUUUUUUAUCUUUUAAAAAUAUAAAUAAAUAUUAAUACGUAUUAA